AUGUAACAUUAAUACUAAAUGUCAAUGUCAGCUGUCUUGCGGGGUCGUGGUUCUGUGCGCAGCGGUUUGUUAUUUGUGAAAAAAUCGUACAGAUUAAUUUAUACACAAAAAAUGGCAGAGAAAUCUGCUGAAUAUACGUCCACCAAUGGCUUCGAGAGUAAAACACCGUUUUUGAUUGGCGUAGCUGGCGGCACUGCUAGUGGAAAGUCAACAGUAUGCCAACGCAUAGUGGAGAAGCUCGGCCAGCAGCACAAAGAACAAACCGAGCGUCGCGUGGUUUGCAUUAGUCAGGACUCGUUUUACCGCACACUCUCGCCUUCGGAGCGCAUGCGCGCCGAGCGUGGACAGUUCAACUUCGACCAUCCUGAUGCGUUCGACGACAAGAAACUCUUGGCAGUGCUGAAGGACAUAUUGGCUGGCAAGAAAGUCGAGGUUCCUGAAUAUGACUACAUCACAAACUCUAUCAGCCCACACCGCUCGCACACAAUCUACCCUGCAGACGUGGUGCUCAUAGAAGGCAUCCUGGUGUUUUACUUCCCUGAGGUCCGUGAGUUAUUCCACAUGAAGCUGUUUGUGGACACUGACUCCGAUACCAGGCUCGCCAGGCGCGUGCCUCGUGACAUAAUGGAGCGCGGCAGAGAUCUGGAACAGGUGCUCAACCAGUACAUGAACUUUGUCAAGCCGGCAUUUGAAGAGUUCUGUCUGCCCACCAAGAAAUUUGCUGACGUCAUCAUACCUCGAGGAGCAGACAAUUUGGUGGCUAUUGACCUUAUCGUGCAUCACAUAUGGGAUAUAUUGUACAAGAAACGUUCACCGGUAAAGUCGGUAAACGGCACGUGCAACGGGCACCACGACGUGGACGAGGGCAGCGGUCGCAGGAUGUCCGGCAGUUCCGAAGACACGCUCAGUCGAUAGUCGCGGCGAUGCGCCGGAUACUGUUGUGAUCGAGACCGGCUCGCCGAGCCGCCGACGAACGCUUCGAUGUUACUUUGUAGGGUAAGAUGUGCAUUUGUUUCGUUUUUAAGUUUGACCCUUGUAAUGUUAUUUUGCUUUUACUAUGCGUACCAGUGGCGAUGGGUGGAAUUUUCUGAAAGCGAACCCGAUACAAUAUAGGUACAAAUAUGUAGAGAUGCGGUCUGCAAAUUGUUCUAAUAAAAUACGAAAGGGGAGCCGGCGAGUCGGGUUAUAUGGACCUCUCGCCACUGAUGUGUACUCAGUUUAAUGUAUACCUUAUAUCGAUAUCAUUAAAGAAGUAUUUUACAAAAUCUCAUUAUGGUAUGAAACUGAGUGCAGUGUAAUAAUAGUACGGCAACAAUAUCGUCAAUAAAUAGUUACUGACCUUAUAAAUAAUAUUACGUAUAUUGUUUUGAUACAGUAUAUACUUUGUUCUCAAACGGCCGGUCUCAAUAACUUACUAAAUAUAACUGGAGUUUGCUAUCUCAUUCGACAGUAAAAGUUACGGUAACUGUUACUGCUGUUUCAAUAUCGCGUAACUAGUGCACCGGUCGAAGUGUUUUAUUUUUGCAAUGAGUACUAGUAACAGUAUGUUUUAAUUUCUUUUUAUUGAAUUUGUACUUUUGAGUUUACAACUAUAAUUCUUUACAAUAUUAUUACAUUCGAUUUAACGUAAAACAAUUUAAAUAACUUACUGCAUAGAUUAUUAUAACAAUGACUAAUAACUCUAUGUUGAUCUUUGGCAACAAAAUGCAUCAAUGACAGUAAUUAUAUUCGGACCUCCGAUAGAUAGCUAAACUUCACGGAUAAGGUAUUCCUAUAUUAGUUUAUAGAAACGCAGAUAAUAAUAAUAGCAUUUCAACUGUUUAUGUCAGUAAGAUAUUGAGACCGGCUGAUAGUACGUCAGGUCUCGAUCACAAAAGUAACAGAGUCGAACUCUGGCAACUGUUGGGUACAAUAUGUAUCCAUACCUGUAGUUUAUUUUAUGUUGUGGCCUCAUAUUUACCCAGUGUAAGCGAUGGGCACCCCAGACGUUAUAUAGUUUUUCUUUUAAUUAAAAAAAUGUUAAUUGCGCCUGAAAUAUUCUGCUUUUAAUGUGACUUAUAUCCGAAAAAAAGAGGAUGAUAUAUAUUUCAAUAAUAGUGCUAGUUUAUACAGAACUAGUUUAUUUCGAAUUGGCAUAAAAUAUGUAAAAAAAAGGUAUUUUUUCUAAUAUGAUCUUGAGUGCCCUCGCCAUGUCUCCAAUAUAUUCAAAUAUUUCCUAUUUAGUUAAGUUCCAAUACUUAUUGUAAUAAGGCUGACGCUUUAAAAAGCAUGUAGUUUAAGUAAGAAUCCAUAGAACAGUGUUCCAUUUCAAAGCGAAGGAAUAAAAAUACAUGAUGGUAUAUUCUCAUGCUAAAAUAAAUAUAAUUAGAAACAAAAUGAAUUUCCUAAUCGUUCAAUAUCUAAUAACCAUUUGAGUAAUUGCUAUUUUGUAUGAUUAUGUCCUAUGCUUAAAUAAUGAAUUUUAAAGAUCCUGAUAACUGAUACAUUUAUUUUGCACUAAUAUACUUAUAAUAGUUUAAUUAAUAUAGCUGGCCAGCAGUUUGAUGAAUCAUAAAAAUACUUUCCAUACCUACUGAAUUUUUAUGACUUACGCUCGUUAUUUUCUAAUUUGUAAAUAAUUCACCGAAUUACAAUCCCAUAAUAUAGUGUCUUCAGUAUUCUUUAUGGCAUAUUUUAAAUCGUCAAAUAUUUUGUAUACUUGGUUUCGUAACACAAAAUAUAAAUGUUAUACUAUUUUCACUUAUUUGUUGUAAUACUGACAUUUUAUUCAACUGUAGUUCAAGUUCAAGUGGUGGAUUUGGAAUAUAAAAGGGGUCCCAUGACCCCCAAUGACGGGAAUCGUAAAAUGUUUUAUGUUUCGAAAUUGACUUACAGUUGCAUUUUAUUUAUUAACUAGACUGGAUGAAUAUUGUUCUUCCCAUUUUCAUGUUGUGUUAAAAAAAAUUGUUACCAAGCAUUUAUUCGGUGCUUUUCAAUUGUUCAGUACGAAGAUUGUACGUGCAAUGUUUUAAUUACGCUCCGUUUAUUAUUUAAAAUUAACUUGGAUAUUAUUCGAGUAAUAGGAUUGGUCCCAACUUCUAUAUCAGAAGUGAAAUUAUGCAAUUAGAUAAAAUUACUAUUAUGAGAAACGAUAUAGUAUUUGUAUUAAUUGCAUUCUCUUGUUAAUGGAAAUAUUUGCAUUUUUCUAGUGUUUCCUAGAUUGAUCAUCAUGUCUAGACGAAUACACUAGGUUCUAUACUAAACAAGUGGUUUUGAAGACUGGGGAAGCCUAUCAUUACUCAUUUGAUAUUUAAUCAAACAUAUAGUAACAAAUAAGCGGAUGUAACCUAUGUUCUACAUUGUUAUUGACAUAUAGAUGAAUUAGUUGGUGUAAAAUUAUUUUUUUUGCAACGCACAAAUACACUUUAUCAGUGGUUCUCGAAGUUGAAAACUUUGAACAUCUCGGCAUAAUUUAAAAAGAGAUUAUUUAAAACUAAUUCCCGCAAUAACAAGCUAGUUUCAAAACACAGUAAGGUAAAAUAUUUGACCGAAGGAUGUCUGGUAAAUAUUAUUGCAAAGGUCCGUUAAACAUUUGGAAACCAUUGAACUUUGUCAAUUUGCUACUGCCUCAGUAUUUUCCAUUAUAAAAGUAGACACUGAAUGUACUAUAAGAAUAACUGAUAACAACAGGCGCGGAUCUAGGGGAAUAUUACAGGGGCGUGACCCGAUAGUUAACUAUUGGGUUUUUAUUUUUUCUCACUGCAUCCAUAAUUAUGACAGGAUUAAGAAUUCCAUGAGUAUACAUAUACAUUGCAUAAUGUCUUCCGCAAUAUGAUUUAGAAGUUAAACGAUCGAAGUGAUUUUUUUACCCCCAAGUUUCAACCCUGAAUUCGCGCCUGUCCCACAGACUGAUACAACACGAAGAAGACUAAAAGUAAUUGUUUCUUUUCGAAUAACAGUGAUACUGAUUGUUUAAAUUAGUCAAGUUACCAAAUUGUGUAAAAACGUGUUCUGUUUCUUUGGAUUUAAUUCUUCCUUUAACAUUAUCGUGUUUAGAUCUACGUUAGAUGUCAUAAAUUAGUUUAAGUUUACUAGUAGCUAAGUAUAAUGAAUUUACAAAAAAAUAUCCCAGUGGUUAAGGUAUUAACAUGUUGCCCCAAUUUUUCGUCGUAUUAGUCAUUAAUUUGAGGAGGUAUAUGUAAACAUUGUAAACAAACUUAAUCCAGCCCUGUGAUGGUUAUAGUUGAAACAGGUUACGUGAUAAAUUCCAUUGAUUGUGUGAUAAAAUUGAUUAAGGAAAUUGUUGAAAAAUGUAAAAAAAUAUAUAGAUUUAAUAAUAUCGCUUUUAUUGUAAUUGGUAAAAUGUAUAGGCGUUGCUUUGUCUAAUAUAUUAAUGCAUUUUUUUCACUUCCCAAAACCUGUAGUUUUAGGCCAUUUACGCUAUAGUAAUUUUAAAUCUGUUCAGUUAUUGCACACCAUGUAUAAAAUUAUUUUAUUCGAAUUUCGAAUUGCACAACUGUCUUUCAGCUUUCGCAUUUCUCAAAGCAUUUAUGUUAAUCGAAAAAUAUAAAAAACGAAUUUAUUAUUAUCGAUAUAAGUUUAUAAUCUAUGUCCGGCACAAACUUGGUAAACAUCAGUGAUGUAUUUAAAAGUAUAGAUUCGCCAUUAACACGCGCAAUCUCAACAUCAGAAAUUGUUCUAAUUGGGACGGUUUCAUACUCCACUUACAGAUAGCUGUCUUUUUUGUUUGUACUGGUUCAAUGACGUCAUCUGUCACAUGACACGUCAGAAUCUGCAUGUGUGCGUACGGAACACUCGUUUGAUUUGUAGGGUAUGGCGUAUUUAUACCUUUGAAUAAUCAUUGGUUUACAUUAAUUAAAUGUAUUAUUCGUUGUGGGACUUUUUCACUUGUAAUAAGGAAGCAAUUCCUUAACGUAGUUAUAUUGUAAAGUAAUAAAGUGUUUGCAAAGUGUUUUUA